UAAUGUUAAUUUUGAUGUGUUUUGUUCAGUAAAGUAAAAAAUGGAUGGUUAUGAUGCUGAUUUUGUAUAUGAAAUUCCAUCCGAUAUGGAAUGUGGUAUCUGUUUGUUUGUGGUUCGAGAACCAGUUCAAAUUAUGGCUUGUGGUCACAGGUUUUGUUCUCACUGCUUUGAAAAGUUAAAGACAUCACCUGCAGAACGGUUGCGUUGCCCAAAAGACAAUGGAAACAUUAAUCUCGAUAUGGUAUUUUAUGAUAAAGCGGCUCAAAGGGCUGUAUCUAAUCUUGCUGUAAAAUGUUCUAAAAUGCAUGAUGGAUGUUCUUGGCAAGGUUCAUUGCAUGAGUUGGAGAAGCAUGUUAAUGAUUGUUAUUUCCAUAACAAAACCAACUCAGUUUAUCAGGAACACAUUAAGAAUCAAUUAAGAGUACUAGAAGAAACUAUUAAAAAAAAAGAUCAAGAGUUUUUUGACUUGAAAAAUCAAAACUCAAAUCUUGAACAAGAGUUCAUAAAACAUAAGAAAGAAAUAACAAAUUUAACAAAUAACAUAAAUGCUCGUUUAAAUGAAAUAAUUGCAACAAACAAAGAUUUAACUAUGUGUGUUCAACAAUUCGAAAAAUUAAAAAUAGUAGAAAAUAUAGUAGGUAACUCAUAUGAUAAAAAUACUUUACCAGGUUCUUCAUUACCAAGUCCAUGUCAAAAGAUUUCAACUAUACCAUCAGAUAAGCGAAUAACAACACCAAUUGUUAAACUUUCAACAGCACCUUCUCCUAAAUCUUUUACAACCAUAUCUAAUUCAACAGCACCGUUUAUUAAACCUUUAACUGCAUCAUGUAGUUCAACAAAGCCAUCUUUUCCACCAAAGCCACUAUCUGUUAAGCAAUUAUCUACACCAUCGAAUGCAACAUCAGCUGCUGUUCAACUUUUAACAACACAAUCUAAUUCAGCAACACAAUCUGUUCAACUUUUAACUGCAUCUUCUGUUAAGCCUUUAGUAACAACAUCUGCUUCAACAACACCAUGUCUUGCAAACACGUUACCUAGUUCAAACAACUCAAUCCCUCAAGUAGUUCAAUAUCCUGCAGUCAGUUGGAAUCAUUUUGAUGAACCAGAUUGGGGAGGAGAAUUAGAAGAUUGGGAGUUUGAUUAUUUUGAAGAAUCUCACAAUUAUGAUUAUGGUAAUAUGGAUUAUGACAACAUGGAUGAAGAUGAAUUUGGAUACUAUGGCGAUUACUAAAUGAUAUAUUUUUAUAUAUUUUUUAGAGAUUUUUACACAUUUUAUGUUAUACUUUAGAUUAGCACAUAGAGUUAAAAGUAUUACAAAAAAAAAAAUGUUUUAUAAAAUAUUUUUUAAAGUCUUUUGUUUUAUAUUUUCUUUCUGUUGUGUUGAUAGUUUUAAUACUACUCUUUUCAACUUGUUGCUUUUUGUCUUAAUAUGCUGUAAAUAAAUGCUUGUAUAAAAAAGUAUAUAUAUAUAUAUAUAUAUAUAUAUAUAUAUAUAUAUAUAUAUAUAUAUAUAUAUAUAUAUAUAUAUAUAUAUAUAUUUAUAUAUAUAUAUAUACAUACAGGCACACGUAUAGAAUUGUAUAGAACACAUUAUAUAUGAUAUCAAAAAGUCUAGUAUACUUUGUCAUAUUUUUAUUGUCACUGUAAUAGAUUUUAUAGGAAAUACAGGCUAUAUAUACA